UCACUUCCGGGUCACGGGGCUGGAGGUAGAGAGGAAGAUGGUGAACUUACGGCCGCGGGCGCCUUCCCGCACGUUGUCGGCCAGGACAGUCGUGGACCGGGGCAACGAGGAAGAAGACUCGGAGGAAGAAGAGUCGGGAGAGGAAGAGCCGGACCUGGAGUUCCCCGAUGGUGGCCCAGCAGCCGGAAGGGUGGAGGAGGAGGAAGAGGAGGAGGAAGAUGAAGCCCCAGAAGAGGUGACGUUCGCCAGCGCCCAAGCGGAGGCCAAAGAAGACGAGCGGCGCCUGCGGGACUCUUUGCGCAGGGACAAAGAGCUCCUGAAGGAGAAGAGGAAGCGGCGGGAGGAGCUGUUCGCGGAGCAGAAGAAAAGAAAACUACUUCCAGCCACUCUUCUAGAGGAGUUAACUGCAGCUCCCCAGACUAAAAUAAAUGAAUCAUUACCCAGACUGCAAAAAGGUAACACAGAAAAUGAGAACAAAGGAAAAAGAGAAGAAAAAAAGUUCCCUACACGAGUGAAGAAGAGGUAUGUGGCCUGUAGAUUAAAGGACCAAGAUCUGAUAGACUUAAGGCAGCAAGCAGCCAAAGGCUUUAUACAGAAGUAUUUAUAUGGUCGAGGAAGCAACAGAACUACUGUAAACAAAUUUCUUUCCCUUGACAACAAGAGAUUGCCAGUUAAAAAACCUGCCAUGCAAUUUGUGAAUAAUAAUUGGGGAGCAGAAAGAAAACAAAGUGCUAAGAAGUUCAAAAAACAGUGGAUGCAUAAAAAGAAGAUAGCUUCCAGAAAACCAAAUAUUAUUUAAAUUCCCCUGUUAAAAAAUCAUGCAGAAUUAAACCUGUUGUUUUUAGAAUUUGUGUCAUUCUGAAAUCAUGGGAAUUGAGGGCCCCUUUUAUGAAGGACAGAUUUAUUGGAAAUUAAUAGCUGUUAAUGACUAGCAGGAAAGUAAGCUCUUUUCUCAGUAUUGGCUUCAGCUAUCUUUAUUGUCGUUAAUUGUCUACUACUUGGGAAUAUCAUUGUCCAGUACAGAUCUACGGAACUCAGACCACACAAAAACAUCAUGGUUUAUAAAAUGAGAUUUUUAGGCAGAAGGACGAUUUGAGGCCAUUAAGUCCCUUCAUUUUGCAAAUAAGGAAACUGAGUCUCAAGGCCCAGGGUCACACAAUGUCUCAUUUCAAAAGGAACUGGAAAUAACCAAUACUACAAAUGUGUUCUUGGUCUGACAGGCUUCAGUAAUGCCCAUCUUCCUGAGGAAUGAAUUUCCCAUUUCCCUGUACCACUGACUUGUUCCUUUUCCCCCUUCAAGCAUGGAACAUACUGUGAAGCAGGCUAAUGAUUAAAAGUUUUAUAAUUUAAAAUUCAUACAACUCUAAUAUCUGUAGAAGUAAAUUUUAAUGGCUGGUUAAUUAUGUCACUACAUUUUUAUUGCAAUAUAGUACUCAUUUAAGCACUUAAAAAUGGAAGGUGUACAAAGAUUAAAUUAAGACACUGUAAAUUGACUAAAUAUUUGGUUUUUUAUAUAAAUAAAGGUCGUAACCACA